AGAGUCCAGCAGCUUUGGAAGGCGUCAAACAGGAAGGUCUAAAGGUGACCCUUCCUCGUUGGCCAGAGGGGGCCCCUGCUCAGGCAUAAAUAGGCUGCUCGUGCUGCCCUGCUCACAGACCGCCGCCGAGCAGUGCUGCCCGCUGCCAGCCUUCUGCCAGCCAGCACAGGUGCCCCGCAGCCCUCAGCCUGCCAGCCCCGCUCCUGCCCGCAGCUCUCCUGAGGAAAUGGAAAAUUUGAUGCAUGUCUGCCGCUCUUGUAGAGCUGUGGGGACCCUCCUCCUGACAGCCCUGAGUUGGAGCAGCUGCUUGCCAGUGGGGGAAGAGAAAGUUUGUACAGCCCCAGGUCUGGGGAGGUACAGUAUCUCCUUCACUGGGAAAUGGAGCCAGACAGCUUUCCCCAAGCAGUACCCUCUCUUCAGACCCCCGGCACAGUGGUCCUCCUUACUAGGUGCGACACACAGCUCUGACUAUAGCAUGUGGAAGAAGGAUGAGUAUGUCAGCAAUGGGGUUCGGGAUUUUGCUGAAAAGGGUGAAGCAUGGGAACUGAUGAAGGAAAUCGAGGCGGCCGGUGAGAAAAUUCAGAGUGUGCACAGUGUUUUCUCAGCAUCAGCAAUUCCCAGUGGCACAGGACAGACCUCCACUCAGUUAGAGGCUCAUUCCAGGCAUUCACUAGUGUCUUUCCUAGUGCGGAUUGUUCCCAGCCCUGACUGGUUUGUUGGAGUAGAUAGCAUCAAUCUUUGUGAAGGAAAUCGAUGGAAAGAACAAGUCACCUUAGACCUUUUCCCCUACGAUGCUGGGACAGAUAGUGGGUUCACAUUCUCCUCCCCCAACUUUGCUACCAUCCCCCAGGACACAGUGACAGAGAUAACAUCAUCAUCCCCCAGCCACCCCGCAAAUUCCUUCUAUUACCCCAAGCUGAAAUCUCUGCCUCCCAUUGCCCGAGUGACCAUGGUGAGAAUCAAAAAGAGGCAAAGGGUCUUCGUCCCCACUCCCCCUGUCAUGGUCCGCAUGGGGAAUGAGAUCGAGGAUGCUCUUUCAGAAACCCCUCUGGACUGUGAAGUCUCCCUGUGGUCUUCCUGGGGUCUGUGCACAGGUCCGUGUGGAGAGACAGGCGCUAAGAGCCGCACCCGCUACGUUCAUCUGCAGCCAGCCAACAACGGGACCCCCUGCCCAGACCUGGAAGAAGAGACUGCAUGUGAACCUGACAACUGUAUCUAAGGAACAUGGCGGACCCAGCCAGCCAAGUGCCCACACCCCUCCUGGUUAAUCACUGGGCUCCAGGCUGAAGCUGGCAGAGGAGUGAGUCCUGGGGAAUCCAGGUGUGGCCAUGACUUGCCAUGGGACCUUAUUGACCGAGCAACCCUCUGUUCAGCCGGGACGACCAAUUGUGUCAGAUGUUCCUGAUAAAUUUCUAAAAUUCAUGCAGCUUUCUGACUUGGGAUGAGAGACCCAUAGCCCCAAUAAUCUCUCCCAGGAUGGUAGAAGUGCUCACAGCACCCUCUAGUGACCGAAUGGGAGGUUUCUUUCUGAACAAGUUGGAUUCUUUUCUGAAAACUGAGUUUUCUAAUACGUAGGGAACCAACCAGUAUGUUCACCUCCUCCAACGCUGGCAUGUCUGCCCCCUCACCCUCCCUCUCCUACAAUCCCACAUCAAUAACAAGAUUCUAGAAAAAUCACAACAUUUGGAGAAACAAUGUGACAAGGGGCUCUGGUACGUUCUAUCACACUUCAAGGGUCCAUGAUUUCCUGCACGGUCAGUCCCUCCACUGAGGCAGAUAAUAACCCCUCCUCCUACAUACUUUAUUAGAUUCUAGGAUCACAGAUUUAAAAUUUGGACUUUAGAAAUCAUCUAGUCCAAUGUCCUCAUUUUACAAAUGAAGAAACUGAGGCUAGAAAAAUUAACUGAUUUGUUCUAAAUUAUACAAGUACUAAAUGACAGGGUCAGGAUUUGAACCAAGUCCUUUGAUCUCAGAUCCUAUGCUCUUGCAUUGACUGCAUCACACUGUCUCCUCUACAUUUUUGAGUCACUGUUAACCACCACCCCCCAAAAAAAAAAAAAGAAAUCACUGCCCAGUCCCUAGCUGGUCAGUCUUAUGGAGAUGCGCUUUUCCUGGCUUGGUUAAUAGUCACCAGAUAUACAGACUUUCUCCCAGCUUAUACUUUCUGACUUGAUAGACUAUUUGGGAGUUUUUGCUUUGCUGAUAUGUUCUCCCAGGGCUCAGGGCUACUUCUAUCAGCCAUGGGACCCUUGGAGGAAGUUUUCAGUGAAUGUUAAUGUUGUCCUAAUGGUCAUUCAAUGAUUGGCUAACAAAAGUCACAGCGGUAUCUCUCAAAGUUACAGUGAGGUUUGGAUCAUGUAUUGAUAGUAUUGAUCAGGGCAAUGUUACAUGAAUCAGUUCCUCCAGAAAGUUUAUUUAUAUACAUUUGAGGCUAAUGAUAAUGAUAUCCUGGAUUAUGAUUUCUUUUUUUAGUAAUUUAUUAGCUUUAAGCAAACCUUUACAUGACCUUUUUAUUUUCUUUUAAAUUUAGAGAAAGGAUAUCUCCCAGGAACCUUUAGGCCUCAGAGGAAUGGAAAUGAGAGAGGGUAGAGAGUAGCAAGAUGCUACUACAAGUUGCUACAGUGAGACCUUGGGCAGCCUCCCAUCCCUUUCCCCACUCCCAAAUAUACCUAUUUGUCCCCAGGUUGGAGUAAUCCAAUUGCUAGCACCCGAAAUGUGGUUGUGGCUGGGAUCCCAUCAGAUCCAGCUGGUUUUGUUCCUGUGGUUUUGUCAGAUGGUCACUUGAACAGGGGUCAAAACAAGGAAUGCUUAUGAACAGAAAAUCUGAAAAGAUUGACCUCAUUUUUUAAAAUGUUACUGAUCUCUUUGCACAUAAAUAAAAUGUCUAUGUUUCUUCACAAA